GAAAAGCAAUCAUGUCGCUGGCUUGGUGUUUAUACGCAAUGUUUUGUUUGUUUUUGUAAUUUUCUACCAAAUUGAAUUUAAUAAUUAAAUUUACAGAUCAUAGAUAUGUUACACUGUGCAACAAAGUUGGUUAUGUAUUAACAAAAUGCCUUAUUAUUGUACGGUACCGCGGUGUACUUCGAUGGCCGGCAAAGCUAAAAAUGUUUCAUUCCAUCAAUUUCCAAGAGACGAAGAUCUAGCAAAGCUUUGGAAUAAAAUACUCAAACGUGGCAAGCCUUAUACAAAAUAUUCGAAAGUGUGUAGUUUACAUUUCACGCCAGAAGAUUACACUAUUACUAGCGGCCAAAAGAAUAAAGGACAGUGGAGAACACUCAGAAAAGAUGCUGUACCAUCAAGAAACUUGCCCACCGACUCACCCGUACCAUACCGAAGAAGGAACUCUUCCUGGACACCACCACCAACUAUGAUUGAUGCCAGGAUGCAGCAACAGAUGGCCCAAGCCAUAUACGUCCAAACCAUGCUGGCGAUGCAGGCGGCCAGCAUCUCCGCACUCAACACCGAACAACCAUCACCGACUGAAGAAACAGACGCUCAAAUGUCAUCUCCCAACCCUAUCUCCUCACCACAUGAACGAGACGAAAUCAGUGAUAUCGCACACAUAGAAAACGAAUCUAUAAAUCUCGAAUACACUAGCACAAAUAAAGAUUUAACACACACAGAUACAUUUAAAUGCGAACAAUGCUCAAAGUGCUUUAAAGAUCCCGACGUUUAUCUAUUGCAUAAAAGAAGUCACACGAGAAAUAAUACGGACAACGAAACUGGUAACACCGAAGAAAUGUUAAAAGCUAAUCCUAUUUUAGCGAAUCUCCUCAGGUCAAACGGUCCACAGACUUCGAUAAGGAACGACACGAACGGCGUCUUCGACGUGAAAAAUGUCAAAAGCAUAGAAAAUCAAAUAAUGUCAGCGCUGACAGCUAACAUGGAGAAUUAUUUGAGGAAUCUCUCAACCAUUAUGACGAAUGGCAACACCGACGACGUUGAAAAUGAACAGAAUUCUGAGAACGGAACCGAUUCAGAUUCAAAAGGAGAUUUAAUUUCUAACUGUGAUAAACAAGACUUGUACGACUCAAAUUUAAUUAUAGACGAAGAUUCCUAGACCAAGCACUGAGAAAUUAUAAUAAUAAUAUUUUUUUUUUAGUAUAUAAGACAUCACGACUGAGUUCUUUCGACUAUUUUGUAACCUAGAUUAAUAGAUGAUUAUUACCCACCUUUAGUUGUAGUGCUAAGAUGUAUAUUUUUCUAAUAAAGUAACGAGUGUGAAUAGACACAACUAUUUCCUACUUUAUAAACUUAGACUGAUUGGAGCUUAAAUCAUGUAUUCGGUGUAAAAUGUAAACAAUGUAACAAUUAUUUUAAUUUCUAUUGACCUUGGUAUCAGCAAAUUAACCACCUGGAGGUGACCAUCACACCACAAGAAAUGUUAACCAUAACAUUGCUAUGUGCCAUGAGAUAAAUAAGAUAUUAUGUAUGGGUCUGUAGUUUCACAGACUCACUCACCCUUCAAAACUGGAAAAUACUACCCCCACAAGCUGGCCCGAAUACUAUUUUUUAAUUACCUAAUAUU